AUGUUUUUUUUUCUUUUUGAGCUGCUUAACCUCCACUUCUCCCCCUUUUCAAGUUUGGGAUACUUUCCAUUUCACUCCUUUAUUGCUGUGGGCCAAGAGUUACCUUUUUUUUUUGUACGCGCUCUCGGGAAGAUAGUUAUCGUUGCUAUUCUUCCCUCUUUUUUGUUUUUCGGUUACUUUCGUUUCCCCCUCUCUUUCGUUUAUCCAUUCGAACAAAUGUUUGUAUAUGUAUAUAUGUAUAUAUAUAUAUAUAUAUAUCUUUGUAAAGCAGAAAUCUUUCAUUCAUUCUCUUUUCUGAUUCCCUUUUUAUCCUCCUUUAUGUAUAUAUAUUCCUUGCCCGUGCGCCCUCCAUGA